UUUCUAUUUCUCUCUUUUUUUUUUGAUCUCAUGCUUUACUAUGCAACAACAACAACUAAAGGUAGUGGUUUUAUAUCCAUAGUACAAGCUACAACAGAAAUGUUUUUCAAGAAAAAAAGUUGUAUGCCAUUAUUAGAAAAGUUACGAUCAAUUAAUCGUGAACAACCACUGGAACAGCUACACUGGAAAAAUAAAUGUGUAGUUUUGAUACACAAAAAUUUGUGUAGUUUUAUUUUCACACAAAGAUGUGUAGAAUUAACACAAAAUUGUGUAGCCGCCAUUUUAAUAAGACACGUGCGUGUUAGCGGUUUCGUUUUGGAGGAAAAUCGAUUUCGAAGUUCGAACAAAGAGAAGAAAAGAAAUAUUUUUGAUUUUUUCGAUGUCUAAUAAGUUGUUGAAAGUUUGGACUCUAGACGGUUCGGUAAAAGCAGCUGUGGUAUGCAGUAAUUUGGCUGAAUUAAAAACCAAAGGUAAUAAUCAUUGAGUAUUGUUAUUCAUAACUUUUCUUAUAAGCGGUCAUCUCAAAUAGAAGGUGCAAACAAUUAGGUUUCUUCUACACGAAACAAUGGGCUAUUACUGCUGUUUAUGUAGAAAAAGUAUUGAUGCUUUUACAAUUAAGAACUUCUCAACACAUUUUCACUUGAGACAUAUGAUAAAGUAGCAUUUCAUUGUGGACAAGAUGGCUGUAUGAGAUAUUUUGAUAGCUUAAGCUCAUUAUCGACUCAUUUACGUAAAAAGCAUAAGCUUACUUCGACAGAUGCAAGCUCUAUGGAACAAAAAACAGUUGAAAAUGAACCAGAAAAUGUGUGAUGAAAUUGAAAUUAGUGAGCAAGUAGAAGAGCCUGAAAAUGAUAAAGUUACCAACUUUAAGGAACAGCUAAGACAGCUACUGUUUAUAGUUUAUGUUAAGUAUGGGUGCUUAGAUAUUAUACAGGAGGGAUUUACUGAUUUAUUAGAGGGGCUGAUGUUUUCUGAUAAAUUAAAGAAUGUUGCAAAUAAUUUAGAUGCAGUUCAUAUAUCCACAACCAAAACUCAACUUGAACCAGUAAUUCAAGAAAUCGACAAUGUUAAGCCAACUUUGAAAGAAGUAGGAUACUUUGAACAGCAAUUGAAACACUUUAAAAAUCAUAUGAAAUUUGUUGAGCCGGUUGGACGUCCAAUAUCUGUUCGUUAUGAAUCCCGUUUGGAUAAGGAAACUGGCAAAAUAUGUCAAUAUCCUAUUCCUAAUACAUACCAGUAUAUACCAAUUCAUCAGACAAUUAGAUUUGUUUAUAGCUAUAUGUAUGACAUCUUAAAAAAACAACAAAGGAACACAAAUAAUUUAAUAAGUGACUUUAGCGAUGCUUCUCGUUUCAAAGAAUGUCAACUGUUUAUAGAAAAUUGGGAUGCCUUACAGUUACAUUUAUAUUUCGACGAUUUUGAAACCGUUAAUCCGUUAGGCUCGAAAACAAAAAUUCACAGACUAGGUGCAGUCUAUAUGGUGAUACGGAACUUGCCAUCCUAUUUAAACUCCCGCCUCGUGCAUAUUUAUCUGGUAUGUUUUUUUUAUACAGAAGAUACAAAAACUACGCGUGGAUAUGAAUAGUUCUUGAAGAAAUGAUUAAGGAUAUUAAAUCAUUAGAAAUAAAGGGUAUUGAAAUUGUGCUCGGUAAAGCAUGUCAGACAGUUAAGGGCACUGUUGUUUUGUUUUCGGCUGACAAUUUAGGUGCUUAUGGAAUGUUAGGUUUCUAAGAGAGUUUUACUUUUGGUUGUAUAUGUCGAUUGUGUUACGAUUCUGUUGAAAGCAUUCAAGAUCACCACUGAGCCAGAGAUUUUGAACCAAGAACUGCUGAACAGCAUGAAAAAGACGUGCAAGACUGCAUCACAAGAAAAACUGGUGUAAAGCGACAAUCACCCUUUAAUGAUUUGCAUUAUUUUAAAGUUACUGAGAUAAGCCGUCUUGUAUAACUUUAGAAAAAUUGAAGUCAAGUGAUAAUCUUCUGGAUCAGCGUGCUGCUCAAUAUAUGUGUUUAAGUAGACUUAUUGGUUUAAUACUUGGAGAUCUUAUAGACUGUGAAAAUACUUAUUGGCGGUUGGAUUAUAGACUUUGUUUUGUGUCCUAAGAUAUCGCAUGGCAUGAUUUCAUAUUUAGAUCAACUUAUAUUUGAUCACCACACAAUGUACAGGGAGUUAUUUCCAACAAAACGAUUGACACCUAAAUUUCAUAAUUUAGUUCAUUAUCUUGUUUGUCUUCAAAAGUCUGGUCCAGCAUGUCGAUAUUGGUGUAUGCGGUUUGAGGCCAAACGUAACCAGUUGAAAAAAUCAGCUACAAGUUUCAAAAAUGUGUGUAAAACUGUAGCUCUUAAACAACAAAUUCAUCAGUGUUUGACUUAGCAUUUUGAAAAAAAAUUCGGUGUAAAUAGUGGUGCUGGAGAACUAAUUUUUGUGCGAGUAUUAAAGGCAGCAUCUGCUGUAUGUGACAAAUUGUGCAUUCGCAUGUUGGAUGAAGUUUAUGUUUGUAGACAUACAAUGAUUAAUAGUACGGAUUAUUUCGGUGGCGAUGUUUUAGUUGUUGGUAGACAGAUGGAUGAGUGUCUCAAAUUUGUACUUAUUGAUAAGUUUAUUUUAACUGAUGGUGGCAUUUAUUUUGUUUGCCAAGAUCUGCACACUCAUUAUUAUGAUAGUCAUUAUCAUACUUUUGCAGUUGAAGAUGAUGACUGUGGAAAAAGUGUAGUACUAGAGUAUGAUGAACUGUUAGACUAUUAUCCAUUAGCUUUGCAUACUGUUUCUGGCACGAGAUUGAAGUAUUCAUUCGUUGCUCUUCGUCAUGCAGUUGUAACUAGCAUCUCUAAAUAAGCAUUUCAUCUUCAAAUUUUAUUAUGCAUUGUUAUCGGCUUUAUAUGUUGUAUUCAUUUUUGUUUUUGUUAAUUCACUAAGAUCAGUUCAUAUCGUACGAGUUGUAUAACCUGCUGUGUAAAAUCAAACGACAAUUAUGAAUCCGAUUUCUGUAAUUUCAAUUUUGUUCAUUUCACUUUUUAUUAUUAGGCUAUGUUAAAUUUCUUUAUGUAGCUGCCCAAAAGCUUGAUUGUUUUGAUAUCGUUCAAAAUGGAUGAUGGUACAGAUAUCGAUGAUGAUGAAAUUGUGCAAUAUUUAAAUCCCGGUGCAAUAGUCUAUGCUUUAAAUGCUGAUGAAGCUAUCAGAAGCUUGGCAACUACAUUAUCUAUAAUACCCGGCACACCAGACAACACAUUCGAACUAUUGCAGACUUCUACACCAGAAACCAGCAUGACUAGCAUAACUUCAGCUGCAGAUGUGCAUCACAUGGAAAACAUGGAAGAGGAACAGCCAAGCAUGAGCAAGCAAGUUGUACGUAAACGACCAAGGGACGUGCCUGUUACUGUGAUUUCAAGUAAUAACGACGUUUCAAUUAUUGUGGCAUUAAAAAAGCAUCCAAAAGAAAAGUGGAUAGUAGAAGAGGGUAACAAAGCCGUAAUGGCACGUGAAGCUUGUUUGGCAAUGGUCAAGGCAGCAUGUAGUCAUCUCAUUGACUUAUUUGGAGAUUAUCCACUAACAGAAAAGAAAGUGCUGAUGGCAAAAAGCAUCAUAGAAGCUUUUUCUAACCAAAAAUCAAGUUUCGGCGAAGGAUAUGAACAUUAUUACUCAUCAGAUGGAACAGGUUUUAUACAAAACUGGUUUAGGCAGAUUCAUCGCCAACUACCUUAGCAGCAAUGAAAAUAUCGCCAAAGAUACAAACUAUGUAUGUCAUUGUUUUCUUAUAAUCAAGUGUACGAUUGCGUUAGUGAACAAAUUAGGCUUGACAGUCAAUGACAGUGUGGUUCAAGCGGCUGACCAAUUUAUAGAGGUGUUUGGCGAGGAUGCCGAAUUAAAAACGGUCAUGCUUCAGAAUUCGGUACCAUUAUCGGCCAACAUAGACAAAAUCUAUACGUUAAUGGCUGAAACGUGCAGUUAUCGGCAGAGUUGGAUAAAAGAGGGCGGAGGUUCUGCUGGACCUUCAAUAGCACAGAUCCUUCAGAAAUACCCUCGUUUUAUAGUUGUGCCUGGCUUAAUGCAACAAGUCACAAUGCGAUGCUAUGUUUUCUGGACAUGCUACCUACCAUGGGAAAGCAUCGGACAUCAGCUAAAAAUGCCCGCCAAUAUUUCAUCGACGAGAUAAAAAUUGGUGAUAGUUUGGAAGCAUACUUGGAAUCUUGCCAGCAAGAGAACAAAAAGCUCAAAAGGUUUCAGCCGUACAUUUUAAAAAUGGGUGCUACUGAGGAAGCAUCCUAUUACAUUAUCUGUGAUGGUCGUGCCUUGUUAGUGAAGCCAUUGAAAGCUGCCAAUGCUCUUUCAGAUUUAUUUUCAACGUUUUUUGUUUUUAAUGUCAGAUAUCCAUCUCAGCUUA